ACUCGUGCAAGGGACUGAGCAGCACGGCAAACACAUUGACUGAUUGAUAUAGCGAAGUACCAGACAAUUUGUGAUACUGCACGCCAACUUCAGUUCUUAACUCUCCUUCACAUAUGUGAAAGAGUGAAGGUACUGGAUGCAUGAUGGAGGGCAUACCCAGCAAAAUCACAGAAUAUGAGAAGUUUGUCAAUGAAGUUUUGAGGCGUGAUCUUCAAAGAGUUUUAGAGGAGAGAGACAAAAUUUACGAGCAAGCUGCCCACUACCUGCAGUUGAAGACCACCAUAGACAAACUGCAGGAAGCCAAUUUAGCAAAGGAUGGCCUCAAGACUAAGGUGGAUCUCGGGUGUAACUUCUAUGUACAAGCAAAUAUACCUGAUGCAACAAGGAUCUAUAUUCUCGUUGGUUUCGGAUUCUUCGUAGAAUUUACACUACCAGAGGCACUGAAGUUCAUUGAUAAAAAGUGCAAACACUUGACAAGUUUGAGUGAUAAGCUGACGAAGGAUUCUGCAGAGAUCAAGGCAAACAUCAAACUUGUUUAUGAGGGCUUGAGAGAAUUACAGCAUCUUGAGAAUGAUGUAGCAGACGACAGGAAUCGUUUGGUGUGGUGAUGAACAGUCCAUUGCACUGUGUGAUGUUCCCCUAUAUGCACUCUGUGCAAAAGUACCGUCUCAACGGAGGUUACAUGACAGACACUCGCAUGUAAAUGCAAUUGCUGCUAUGCUCUCAGUACCUGUGCAAAGAUACAACAGGUUUCUGUACAUUCCAAUGAAAAGUAGUCGAGGGUACUUUAAUUCUGUGCUCGUUGAACCACAGUGAUCUCAUAAACCAAAAGUAUGGAAGCAUUGAUAGCAAGUGUUGAAUUUUAGUAGGGCGGAAAUACUUGAGCAGUGUGGAAUGAAACAACUCAUAGUUUGUCCAGAUCCAUCUAUGUUCAGGUACCUUUUGACUGCGACAUAAGAGAGCCGGCGCGGGUUGGCAGAGCUCGGCUUGGAGAACCCGGAGCCCUCUCACUAGAGCUCUAGUGAGUGGUCACACAGUACCGUUCCAAUGUGCCUUCACAGACAUGACACAGUCCGUAUGAAAGCAGAAUAGUGUGCAUAAUAUUGAAUUUGGGCAGACAGACCUGGCGCAGGAAUUUGGAGCCAGUGUUCCUUACACGGUUUUUAACAGUCAAACUCUAUGCAGUUUGUGGCCAAGAGCCAAUGAAGCCAGACUGAUGAAUGAAGUUGGCCAACUAUUUGCUGGAUAGAUCAUUUGAUUCAGUCUUCUGCCCAGCAUCUUGGACUGUUACACCAAUUGACCCAAUCUUUCAGGUUGUGGUUUGGCUUUCACAAUACAAGAAACUGUUUCCUUUAAGUUAUAAUUGGCAACAGCGAAAUGUCAUUGCUGGUAUCAUCCAUACAGUUUUGUUAAUGUUUGAGUUUGAAGAAGGGAUGUGUUAGUGCAUUUUCAGGUUUGGCUCUUAAUUUCUUUACAUUUAUCAAAUAUAUACACAGAUCAAAUAUUGCAACUUAGUGAAUUCAAGUUAGAAAAAAAAAGCGACAAGAAGAAACAGUUUGUCAUGGUUCAUUGGUUACGAUGUUUGACUCAUGGACAAUGGUACGUAGGGGUGAACCCUGCCUGGAACAUGGUGUUUGUGCCCUUAGGCAAGACACUUCACUACAAUUGCCUCUCUCCACCCAGGAGUAUGAAUGGGUACCUGUGAGGGUUGGGACCCGAAUGUGUGCUGAUAUCAGCUGCUGCAUGGUCUCAUGGCCUGAUGAACGGGGAAAUAAUUGUAAAACGCUUUGAGAUUGUUGAAAUGGUGGAAAGUGCUAUACAAGCAUUAUCAGACAUGUAAUUCUAUUUUAAGCGCUGUUACAAUAUGUUUUAGGUUUUUUCCGUCUUGAAAUGUGGCAACCAGUCACAAAUAUUGGUUCAAGUUUGGUAUGAACUUAAAACUUUCACUUUUUUUGAGAAGGGGGGGGGGUGUAAUUCGAAAAUAGCACAGGGAGGUAGAGUAAUGGCUGGGAAAAUGGAGUCUCUCUUUCAGACACACAUACCCUAAUGUGCUUAGCUAUGCAUGGUAGGUGCAGACGGCUUUAGGUGAAAUUGGCUCUGGCAAUGAGACAUGGAAGAUGGCCGGGUCUUUUUUCCCAUAGCUUAUUUAAUUUCUAAUUCUUGUUGAAACUGCAUGCAGACAAAGUGCAUGCCAGAAUAGAAUUAUGGAAAUUCACGACGCAUCUCUUGGUCACAGUUUCCAUUGAAUCAAAUAAUUGUUUGCAAUGUUUUAUCCAAACAUGCAUUAACUUUAAAGGGAAGAUACAACAUUUGUAAACAUCACAAAACGAAAUGAUCAAAU